AUGGACGCGGCGGGGACAUUCAGAAGGUGGCGAGUUUGCGGCGGGGGCGGCGGCUCCAUGUGGCGGCGCGGCGACGACGUGUUCUCGCGCUCGUCCAGGGAGGAGGACGACGAGGAGGCGCUCCGCUGGGCCGCGCUGGAGAAGCUGCCCACCUACGACCGCGUCCGCCGCGCCAUGGUCCCGCUAGACGGCGCCGAGGCGGCCGGCGGGAAGGGGCUCGUGGACGUCGACGUGCUCAGCCUCGGCCCGCACGAGAAGCGGGCGCUGCUGGAGCGCCUCGUCCGCGUCGCCGACGAGGACAACGAGCGAUUCCUGCUCAAGCUCAAGGACCGCAUCGACAGGGUCGGGAUCGACAUGCCCACGAUCGAGGUGCGGUUCCAGAACCUUGAGGCCGAGGCGGAGGUGCGCGUCGGCAGCAGCGGCCUCCCCACCGUCCUCAACUCCGUCGUCAACACGGUCGAGUCCAUCGGGAACGCGCUCCACAUCUUGCCCAGCAGGAAGCGGCCGAUGACCGUCCUCCAUGACGUCAGCGGGAUCGUCAAGCCCCGGAGGAUGACUCUGCUGCUGGGACCCCCAGGAUCAGGCAAGACCACCUUGCUCCUGGCAUUGGCAGGGAAGCUCGACAAGGACCUCAGGGUUUCAGGAAGGUUACCUACAAUGGGCACGGGAUGA